UUUUAAAAAAACAAAUUAGUGCUUGAGAAUGGCGCCCGCAAUCUAUGUUGCUUUUUUAUUCAGCUGCUCAGCAGUCCUAGGAGCUAAACUUGAAGUUGGCGUGAAGCAUGAUGAAUUCCUGACCGCAGGACAGGGUCGAGAGCCAAGCGAAGAAGACGUUCAUUUCUUCCUUUAUACUAGGAGUAAUGGGAUUGAUAAUCCUAAAGAGAUUGGUAUUGAUCAAGGAUCCAUUGAGAGUGCAGGAUUCAAUCCUUCUCAUCCUACCCUAGUAUUUAGUCAUGGAUAUACUUCCAAUGGUCUGGACUUUGCUCGUGGUUUUGUUGAAAAUUUUCAUAAAGUUGGAGACUAUAAUAUCUUUACUGUGGACUGGGGGAAGUUAGCUCAGUGGUAUGAUUAUUUUGGUGCUGCGGGUAGGACAAGAUUUGUUGGAGAGCACACUGCUAAUCUUAUCAAAAUCAUUGUUGACAUUGCAGGUGCUGAUAAGCUUCAUGUAAUCGGACACAGUCUUGGUGCACACGUGUCUGGUUUUAUUGGGAAGAAAUAUCAGGAGUUGACCGGAAAAAAACUACCUAGAAUCACAGGCUUGGAUCCAGCUCAACCUGCUUUUGAUUUUGCCACCAAAAAUGACCGUCUUGACAAGGAGGAUGCUGAUUUUGUUGAUGUUAUUCAUACUAACAGUGGAAUGAUCUGGGAGGGAUGCUUGUCUAUUCCGAAGCAGAUUGGACAUAUGGAUUUCUACCCUGCAGGGGGUAAACAUCAGCCUGAUUGUACAGAUAUCUGUGUUGUUGGAGAAUGCAGCAACAGCAACAUCAACGACCUAAUCUUGGGUGGAUGCAGUCAUGGACGUGCUAACAUCUACUAUAUGGAGAGUGUACUAAGUUUGGUAGAAGGAAAACAGUUCUUGUCCUGGCUGUGUCCUACUUGGGAAGAUUUCCUGGCUGGAUCCUGCUGUGAUAGCACCACUGCUGUUAUGGGGGCUGGGAUUACAAGGGGUGUCGAGGGGAGAUAUAUGUUUAAUGUUAGAGGAGAAUCCCCUCAUGCUCUAGGUGAAGAUGGAGGAGCAUGUUGAUUUAUGAAGAUUAUAUAAAGAUGUUCUAAUAAAUAUCUAGACCAUAA